AUGUCGGUUCCGCGAACGAUCCCGUCCACUGCAAUCAUAAUUGCCUUUACAUCCUCUAUCACAGUCUGGAUUGCUGAGUUAUUCAUCAUUUUCCUAAAUCCCCCCACCUGCGCGGAAAUGGAGUUCUCCGCAUCUUUCGGAAGAACACCCGAACCUCCGAUUAACGCUCCCCAACUUCUUUCCUUAAUAAUUCUUCUUUCUCAAUAG